AGGUGGGAGUUCAGAUGCAAGAUGAGCUACUGAAGGUCACCACUGAACUGCAGACGGCUCUGAGGACAUACCACCAGUACCAUACAGACAGUCUGACAGCGGAGGGGAAACUAAAGGAAGCCACACGAUUGGAGGAGAGACAGACGGGCAAGUCUGCUGAACUGGGGAUAACCCAAUCAGGAGGCCAGAGGCGGAGCUCUGUGAAGAAGAUGGAGAAAAUGAUGGAAAAGAGACAUGGCAGAGUGCAGGAGACCCAGCUGAAGUGCACUAAGGCUCGUAAUGACUAUCUGCUGAAUCUGGCAGCUGCCAACGCAACUAUGAACAAAUAUUAUCUACAGGAUCUCAGCACACUCAUAGACUGUACUGACCUGGGGUUCCAUCUCUCCUUGGAGCGAGUGAUGAGGUCAUACCUGGCCAGUAGGGGGCGUGUCCUGAAGGCUGAGGAGGCCGGGCUGAAGCAGCUGGAACAGGAAGUGACAUCACUGGAUCAGGGCGGAGACAGAGACGCUCUCCUACAGAACCACGACACAGCAUUCUGUCUGCCCUUCCGUUUCAGUUACCAUCCCCAUGAGGGAGACCAGGUGGGCGAGGUGAGUGCGGAGAGCCAGGUGAGGUAUGAGUUAGAGACAAGGUUCCAACAACUCCAGUCCCGCCUCUCCACUGAAACCUUGGAAACAGAGGAGGUCAGUAAGACACUCAAAGCCACCCUCUCCGCUCUAUUGGACAAUAUGUGUGACAGUGACAGUAACCCCCCCCCUGACCUGCCCAUCAGCCUAUCACACGACCCCAUGGGAACCGCCUCUGCCUCCAAACUAGCCCUUGCCAAGCGGAGAGCCAAUCAGCAGGAAACAGAGACAUUCUACUUUACGAAAGUUAAGGAGUAUCUGAUUGGAAGCUCCCUGAUCUCCAAACUACAGGCUAAACAUGACCUGCUGCAGGAGGCCAUACAGAAAGCUAAGGCCGUUGAUAGCGACCCCUCCAGAAGAAGGAGGAGAAUGUCUAGGACACAGAGUUCAGGGCAGCAGAUUCCUGUGGUGGUUGAAAGCUGCAUUCGCUUCAUAAAUCUUCAUGGUCUGCACCAUGAGGGGAUAUUCCGUGUUCCAGGGUCCCAGAGAGAGGUCAACCACAUCAGGGACGCUUUUGAGAGAGGAGAGGACCCUCUAGCAGACAGUGACUGUGACAUUGAUUCGGUGGCUGGUGUGUUGAAGCUGUACUUCAGAGGACUGGACCCGCCGCUGUUCCCUGAUGAAUACUACACAGAACUAUUGGACUGUGUCCAAAACGAGGGAUUGGCAGAGAAAGCAGCUCAGAUAAAGUCAGUUGUCUCCUCCUUCCCUCGACCUCUCCUUAUCGUCAUACGUUACCUCUUCGCUUUUCUCAACCAUGUGUCCCAGUACAGCGAUGAGAACAUGAUGCAGCCCUAUAACCUGGCGGUGUGUUUCGGGCCGAGCCUCCUGAGAGGGUCGGAUUCUGGUGAUGUUGUCGCUAGGCAACCACAGGUCAAUGACCUCGUCAAGACCAUGAUCCUCCAGUAUGAUGUGAUCUUCCCGUGCCAAUCAGAGCUGCCCGGGCCCGUGUACGAGAAGCACAUGACUCUGGAGCAGGAGUACUGUGAACCAAUCACAGAGGAGGGAGAUGGGGAGACUGAACAAUUCCACAUUGAGGAGGAGUGGGAGGCGGUGGCCAUGUUUGAUUACACAGCGCGGUCUGCUACUGAACUGUCCUUUAAGCAGGGGGAUCCACUCCUUCUGCACAGCAAGGCCUCUUCUGAUUGGUGGAGAGGGGAAGCGGGAGGAGUUAGGGGUCUCAUACCGCAUAAAUACAUCAGUGUGUUGGAAGGAGCAGAGCGAGGGAGGAGGGAUGAGGUCAGUGGAGGAAGCACUGGAAACCUGGCUUCAGAAGAGCUUCAGACUGAGAACACGACCCGGCUGCGGGUGAACAGUGACAGUGCUUCGUUGCCUGGAAGACAGAGGGCAGCGGAGGGCAGAGGCAGUCCUGUCCGAAAGAACCCCCUCUCCCCUGUGACACGUCAAAACACAGGGAAUCAGGAGCGUAGGCACACCUUGGACAGUGUGAGGCAGAGGGCAGGAGCCAUAGAGAGACAGACAGAUGGAGGAUCUAUUGAAAGACCGGACAUCAGUAAACAGAUGAACUCUGUAUUCAAGGAGCUUCUCUCUCGCCAGCCGUCCCUACAUCCUGCUGCAACCCAGGCACCUUCCUCCUCCCUCCCUUCCUCCUCCUCUUCCUCUUCAUCCCUCUCCUCCUCUCUCCCAGGAGGCAGGAAGGUGGGGUUCAGCCUCAGAGGGCGGGCUCUCUUCAGACCAACGGACCAAUAGGAGGACUGAAGCAGGAUUAUGAUAAUGAUAAUAAUGAUGAUUUAUUUUUCUGACACGUUUGUGUGUGAUAUGAUAUUAGUGUGUGAUGAUGUUUGUGUGUGAUAUUGCUAGUCUUUUACACCUGUCUCAGUGCUGUCUAUCGUUCUCUAUUAGAACAAGGAUGGGUUUGGUUUCCAAUAACUCAGGGCUGGGGUAACUUACCUAUUUCUGUGGUAAAUUGUUUUUAAACUUGAUAAACACUCAUUUAAACCACUUAGUAAGAGUAUAACAACUUACUUCUUAAUUAUAAUACUGGAAACUGGGUCCAAUAGCAUAUCCAAGAUGGCCUCCACACCAGAUCCUGGGAUGCUGGUUAAACUGUGAAAAUGAUUCUUUCCACCACUCUAGUAAUUCUAACUCUAUGGUCUGAGGGGCUUUGUUCACUCUAGUCAUCAUAUUUCUAUGGAUGCAACCCACCUCCCUCUUCCCUGGA